AUGAACUCAUACCGAAAAAAACUUAUUGAAUCUUUAAUUAUUAAUUACUGGAAUCAAAAGAUGAUUUCUAAAAACACAGGGUUUUACAAUUGUCUUCAACAAAUUGGCACGAAGAUUAAUUUGACUUCAGAUGAUAAGUGGGAAGUUCAUAGACUUUACUAUAGUACACUUUCAACUCUUAGUGAAGAAAGCUCAAUCAGCCAAGCAGUGAGAAAAAAGAUGGAAGCCGAGAAAAAAGAUUUUAUGGAGGAAGAUACGAAUGAAAUUGCAGAGGAAAAGGAUGAAACCACAGAUGAAUAUGCCUGCAUUGAGAAUGAAGUGUUUGAUGUGGAAAAUAACAAAGGUGAUGAUGAUUCUACCACACAUAACCAAGCACUUGUUCCAAAUGAAGACAUCCAAUUUGUUGAAAGAGAUGAUCUGGAUGCCAUAUAUCAAACUUGA